AUGGCAGGUAGGGGAGUCAAGUGUGUUGACAUCGAGGCUGAUAUAGCUUCUCCAGGAGGAUGGGGUGUGAGACACUGGCAAUGUCUCAUAUACUUCGUGGGCUACACAAUUGCGUACUCAAACAGGAUUUGCAUGUCAAUAGCGAUAAUCGCAAUUCAAGACGAGCGGAAGGACAAAGGUGGAUUAACUUCAAACAACGUUGGUAUAAUCCUGAGUUCAUUUCUCUGGGGUUACACAGCGAUGCAGAUACCAUCUGGCUAUUUAGCGAGAAUAUGGAGUGCCAAAAUGGUUUUUGGAAUUGGCAUAUUUAUAAAUGGAUUCGGUAGCAUUUUAUGUCCAAUUGUAUUUGAUGAAGGUGGCUGGAUGUAUCUGUGCGCAUGCAGAGUUGUCAUGGGACUAUGUCAGGCCUGUUGUCUGCCCUGUAUUCACACUCUGUUGUCAAAAUGGGUGCCGCCGAACGAACGGGGACGAGUGGGCACUAUGACCUACGCUGGAGGACACUUUGGCACAGUCAUUUCCUACCCAAUAUCCGGUGCUCUGAUUGAUGCAGCUGGAUGGAGAAGUGUCUUCUAUUUCUUCGGGGCGGCUGCCAUCAUUUGGUCAUUAAUUUUCUUCUUCCUUGGGUCUGAUUCACCAGCUGCAUCAGCGGAGAAAGUCUUCUGUGGUAUCGAUAAGCAUGAGAGGAAGUAUAUUGAGAGCAGUCUCAGAGGGUUGCGAGAAGAAACAGUGGCUGAUGAUCAAAAGAACACGAAGACCCCUUGGAAAGCGAUAUUAACCAGUCUACCCUUCUGGUCACUGCUCAUUGCACACUGCGGAAAUAAUUGGGGAUCUUUCAUACUUCAUAAUGAAAUACCAAUGUACAUGGGUGGAGUUCUUGGAUUCGGCAUCAAAGAAAAUGGACUGAAAUCGGCACUACCAUUCGUAGCCGUUUUGCUUCUGACAGUUCCGGUGAGUUGGCUGUCAGACUGGAGUGAGGGGAGAGGGGUAUCUCGUGGAUUAUUACGCAAAUUAUGCAAUACAAUCGGUCACUGGGGAAAAGGACUUGUAUUCGUUGGCAUAUGCUUCGUACCACCAGGUGAUACGACACUACCAGUUGUACUCUUGGUACUCGCUGGUGGAUUGGGCGUUGGGGCUAUAUGCGGAUUCCAGAUCAAUCACAUGGAUCUGAGUCCCCGAUAUGCUGGACUACUUGUGUCAUUCACCAACUGCGCCGCGUCAGUAGUUGCUCUUUUGGCACCUCUGAUCGUUGGAAAAGUUGUGACUGAUUCGAGUGAUGUCGAUCAGUGGAAGAUUAUUUUCUUCACAUCCGGAGGGAUUUAUUUCCUAGACAAUUUGAUGUUCAUUUUGUUUGGGAGAGGUGAGACCCAGUGGUGGGACAACAGUCAACACUCGGAAAAAUUCAGAAGUCAGACGCCGUUGAGAUCUCGAGCAUCUUCGAUUGUUCCUGAUGAUGCUCUAAUACUUUGA